AUGGGGCUGCUUUGCAAUCUUAUCCCGCCGACUGGAAUCAAAAUCACUGACACUCCUGUCCUUUUAGUUUUCUCUUGGGAUGACGAGUCUCUGUUUACGUACCAUGAAGACCGGGUUGCAAUCCUAUGGGAUGUGUCUCGGGUUGCACCAGCCCAAAGGCUAGAGCUUGGACCUGGGACUCUAAUUGCUGCUGCCUUCACAUCGACACCCAUCAAACACCUGGUUCUGACAUAUGGUCCGGACCAUCCCACUCAGCAGUUCCGCAUCGUCGACGCUUGCGCUGUGCCAUACACCCCUCAAAGUUUUCUCUAUCCCAAUGCUACAAUCGUCAAGUCUUCUCCAGACGGGACUAUGCUAGCUUUCGCAACAGCCCACACCGUAGAGGUCCGCGCGGUAGGAUCAGGACAGCAUAUCCGCACUAUAGACUUGCUGAGAGAAGCUGUUUCAUUGGAAUUUUCACGAGAUUCAACGUAUCUGGCAAUGGCAGACACCCAGGGAAAGCUGACUAUUGUCGAAUUGUUCGGGGAUGAGGUGCUGCAAUCAACUCUGGGGAAGAUCAUAAGCGAUUACACAACGUCUAUCCGACCGUGCCGAUUCGAUACGGAACCAGGGUGGAUUCCCGUUGAUAUAGUGUGGCAUUCAAAGCGUUUCGGCAUCUAUGUCACUUCUCAGAAAGAGUUCAGCCCCGGCGAACCGUCAUACCGCCUCAUGUGGUGGUUCCCUCGUUCGGAAAAGUUAGACAUGCCAUUAACUCCGGAUCCUUCUGGUUCAGUGCGUUAUAAGGAUGCUCGUCUAGCCCCUAGCCACGGUUUCUUUGCUUGUGUUACUACAGACCAUGAUUUGGUCCUGCGGGACAUUAACCUCACGAUGGGGUAUAGCGUGGGAUUGAAAGGACGUGCUACAGCCUGCUCUGUAUCAACAAGUAGUAGCCGGGUUGCAUUUUCAUGCUCGAAUGGUCGUUUGGGAGUUUGGCAUGUAGGCCAACCUCAAUUUGGCUGCCAAGGGGGUUGA